GAGAGAGAGUCAGAGAGAGAGAGAGGGAGGGUUUUUUUUUUUCCUAACAAAGAAAAGAAUUAAAGAAAUGCUCGCCCAUUUAUCGAUGCCUCUUCCUUCCACUCGUCUCUCCUUUCCCACUGUGUUGCGACCUAUCUUGUUUUACUUCCCGAAAUCGUCCUCUCGUCUUCUUCCUCCGACCACCUUUUGCCGGCAAUUCACGAUUUUUCGGGUCACUGGCCGAAAAUCACUCUUCUCCUCGGCUGGCCGCCUGAGAUCCACCGUCGCGUGCGAGGUUGGAGGACGGCUUUUCUCAGGUGCUGCUUCAAUGGAUUCUUCUGCAAGAGAAGGGACUUUGUCUCUGGAGUCAAUGACAGAUAAUCUUAAGAACCAGAGAUUAGGGAACGAUGAGAGGGUUGGUUUGAGGCUUGAAGACCUGAAUUGGGACCAUUCAUUUGUACGAGAGUUGCCUGGAGAUCCGAGGACUGAUACAAUUCCACGAGAGGUAUUACAUGCUUGCUACACAAAGGUGUCCCCUUCGGCUGAAGUAGACAACCCUAAGCUUGUUGCAUGGUCAGAGUCAGUUGCUGAGUUACUCGAUUUGGAUCCUAAGGAAUUUGAAAGGCCGGACUUCCCACUCAUAUUUUCAGGGGCAUCCCCUUUGGUGGGAGGGAUGCCCUAUGCUCAAUGCUAUGGAGGACAUCAAUUUGGCAUGUGGGCUGGUCAGUUGGGUGAUGGUCGUGCAAUAACUCUUGGGGAGCUUCUGAAUUCUAGACAUGAGAGGUGGGAAUUGCAGCUUAAAGGUGCUGGUAAGACUCCUUACAGCCGGUUUGCAGAUGGCCUUGCAGUUCUGCGAAGUAGCAUCAGGGAGUUCCUCUGCAGUGAAGCAAUGAACAGCCUAGGAAUCCCAACAACCCGUGCACUUUGUCUUGUUACAACAGGCAAAUAUGUCACCCGGGAUAUGUUUUAUGAUGGAAAUCCAAAGGAGGAACCUGGUGCAAUUGUUUGCAGAGUUGCUCAAUCUUUUCUUCGCUUUGGUUCAUUCCAAAUACAUGCAUCUAGAGGCAAAGAAGAUAUUGAUAUUGUAAAAGCUUUGGCAGGCUACACCAUCCGGCAUCACUUUCCCAAUAUUGAGAAGAUAAACAAGGGCGAGAGCUUGUCUUUCAAGAUGGGUGGGGAGGGCUCCUCAGUUGUAGAUUUGACAGCUAACAAAUAUGCAGCCUGGGCAGUUGAGGUUGCUGAGCGGACUGCUUACUUGGUUGCAAGCUGGCAGGGGGUUGGAUUCACUCAUGGUGUGCUCAACACUGACAAUAUGAGUGUUUUGGGUCUUUCCAUUGAUUAUGGCCCCUUUGGAUUUUUGGAUGCUUUUGAUCCAAGUUACACUCCAAAUACCACAGACUUGCCAGGGAGAAGGUACUGCUUUGCAAAUCAACCAGAUAUUGGCUUAUGGAAUAUUGCACAGUUUUCUGCAACUCUAUCAGCUGCAAAGUUGAUCAGUGAUGAAGAGGCGAACUAUGCUAUGGAGAGAUAUGGGACUAAAUUUAUGGAUGAGUACCAAUCUAUUAUGACCCGAAAACUUGGUUUGCCAAAAUACAACAAACAAUUGAUAAGUAAACUUCUCAACAACAUGGCAGAUGAUAAAGUUGACUACACAAAUUUCUUCCGGUUGCUUUCAAAUGUUAAGGCAGACCCUAGCAUCUCAAAAGAUGAACUGCUUGUUCCACUUAAGCCUGUUUUACUGGAUAUGGGCAAGGAGCGCAAGGAGGCGUGGAUAAGCUGGGUACAGACCUAUAUAGAAGAGCUUGUUGCUAGUGGCAUUCCGGAUGAUCAAAGGAAGGUUGCAAUGAACUCUAUCAACCCAAAAUUCAUUCUACGGAACUACUUGUGUCAAAGUGCCAUAGAUGCAGCUGAACAAGGUGACUAUGAAGAGGUUAAGAGGCUGCUCAAAGUCAUGGAACGACCAUAUGAUGAACAGCCAGGGAUGGAGAAAUAUGCACGUUUACCCCCUGCAUGGGCCUAUCGGCCUGGUGUGUGCAUGCUUUCUUGUUCUUCCUGAGAAACUUCGACAUUCUGAGAACAUAAAUCCCAAAAGAUCAUGUAACUUUGGUGUAUAUAAUAGUUGCAUUCAGUUGCGGCCAAAAACAAUAAUAUACAAAAGUUGUACUCUUUUAUUCAUAUGCUUUGUAAUGAGAAAAGUGUUGCUAGGUUAGUGUAUCUUCUGGAACUACAGCAAAUCACUUGUAAUGAUUUUGGAUCAGACAAUAAUAGAUGGCUGAAAUGACUUCUUUUA